UCAAUGUAACUCCUCCCGUACUACUCCCAUACCUCAGGCACUUCCUGAGUUUAGCGCUAGACCUAAGGUUGUGAGUGAGAGUGAUAGAACCAUACACCACCAUUGAGUAGCCUGCAGAACAGCUAGGAGUGAGUAGAAAAUAUGUGCAAGUGCCAGCCACUAUUGAAUGACCAUGUAAAAUGACAAAAAGAUUUUGAAUACUUUUCAGUUUUACUUUUUUUUUUUCAAACUGGCAGCAAACUGUUUGACUUGACAUACGUUAUUGUGACGUUUAGAAGAAUGGUCUUCGCCGUUUUAUGGUUUUGAAUAAUCCUAUUAUUUAUCAGUGUUUUAUAUCAAACAAUGUUAUUCAAGACAGACUGCUCAUCUGCUGAUUAGUUUUGUCAUAUUAUGAGCGUUGUCUGCAUUCUUUUCGAUCGAGGUUGAAUUUUGGUAAAACAAAUCAAAGAUAAACAGCAAUCAUGGGUCUGGUACAGUCAGUAUUUUGUUCCAUGACAUUUUGCGUUGAAAGAGUAUUAACCUGGACUUGUUGUGCAUUCGUGCUGAUGCUUCUCAUGUUCACAAUUAUUUUACUAAUGAUAUACGGUAUAUCAGUGGGCUAUCAUUACGCUCAGAAAGAACUGGCGUCCUUUGCAAUGUCUUCGAGAUCGACGACAGAGCCGACGAUGCUUCGGGCCGGGCCGGAGUCGCAGCCCGUGGUGCGCCUCGUGGCCGUCAACCGAUCCGAAGUCGAACACGCACCACAUCCACUUCUUGAGGUGUAUCAAACCAAGAAACCAGGAGAAAGUCUAUUCAUGGAAUCCACGGAGACACCGAUUGUCGUUUUGGAAACUGAAAGGCCACCAAAGGAGCCAGAGCUGCUGCCCCACGAACGGGAAUUGGCGCGAAAGUUGAUAGGCCGCUUCCGUCGCUCGCGGAACAACACCACCAGCGAGCCCUUCCUGCGGCCUUUGAGAAACAGUUCGGAGCCCGCGCCACUUCAGCUAUUAACCUGACCUCGUUGAAGAGAAAUUUACUGUUUCUCUGUACGAAAUGACCUGAAUGAGAACUCGAUGCUAGCGAAGCACAUCAAUAAAACUUAAGCAUUUUUACAA